AUUGUGUAGGCCGUUGUUGCUAACUUAUCAUUUUGUCUCUGUCUUUUGUUAGCAUGAGGAAAACAAAUCGUUUUGUUUGAACAUAAACUUUAUGGUGUAAUAGAUGGGACGGUAUAAGUGUGCCUACAACUGCGAGAACUCAACUGACCCGGAUGUUAAGUUUUUUAAGUUUCCGCUCUACAAUCCCAGAAAACUUAAAAAAUGGCUCGCCAACAUGAAGUGGAAAGAUUGGACCCCGAAUCGCUUCUCCGCUCUGUGCAUCAAUCAUUUCGAGGAACAGUACAUCGACCGAACAGGGAAGUGCGCGACACUACGAGACAACGCAGUUCCCACCAUAUUUCCCCCUCAUGAAAAAACACAGAAUAACAAGGGUUCUGCUGGCCCAGGGCAUAGGAGGCAUAAACUUCUUGGUGGUAAAACUGCAGAAAAAGAGUCAGCUCCUUCUGCAGCGCCUCCUCCUGUCACCACAAACAGCAGCGUUAACAACAAAGAACUCAACCAGGGAGAGGAACCGCCUACAGGAGAUAAAGACCAGAAAAAUUUUGAAAAAUGGAGAAUUGUAGCUGAUGAGAGGCUGAAGAAGAUCGACUCGCUUCCAUAUUUCUUUCAUGGAGAUUACUGCGUCCCUCAGAAUAUCCUGUGGGCUCCAGAUGAAGGUUUUAUUCCAGAAUGUCGGGACUCUGACAACGUCAUAGAGGUGAAGGAGCCGUGGCAGUGGCUGGGGUUGGACGUCAGGGGCCCGCUGACCCAGACGCUGAACGGACACCGCUACAUUUUAACACUGACAGACUUGUACUCCCGCUGGGUGGAGGCCGUGCCCAUGCAGUCCUGCCUCCCCUCCGAUGUGGCGAAGAACAUCGCUGACGUCAUCGCGCACUUCGGGUAUCCGCUGAGAAUCCUCUCCAGGCUGCCGCAUGACGUAGUCCACAGAAUUAAUAAAGAGCUUAAGGAUCACCUGAAGGAGACCGUGGCUCUUGUGGUUUAUCAUCUGCAGACCGGCACUGUGGAUCUGAUCACGCCGCGGCUAAUUGACAGGAUGGUCCGUGAUCUGACGGAGGAGCAUGCAGCUGAUUGGGACGUUUACUUGCCUGCCAAGGUUUUUAGUCUUUGCUUCAAACAGCAUUCAGCAACUAAGGAAAGGCCUUUUUCUCUGCUGUGGGGUAAGGGACUAGAGCCAGUUCAAUCCCCCAGAAGACUGGAUUAUGUCAACUCUAAGAUCCAAGACAGCUUCUUUGUGGUUAGAUAAAAGUUAAUUUGCAGGGAACAUGAUGGGCUUCCUUCCACAUGAUGCAUUGAUCAGGAUGAGCCUUUAUUUGCUGGACAGAAACUGCAGAUGAGGAUUAAAAACUUGAGGAUCUACCAAGACGUUUCCCUCCUGUUUUGAUGUCCUGAUAUCUUCUCCUUUUUACUUUUUAGUCUCGAGGUUUUGUACGUCCGGACAUUUUCAUUUCAGUCGUUUGCAGAGUGGAAAUGUUUCCAGCUGCUCCAUCAGGACAUGAGAAGGCCCGGAAACUGAGUGAAUGUUUUAAAGAUCGACUCAUAAAAGUCAAAGUUUAUCUCCCCGGACACCAAACUUGUGGCAUCUUUGAAGCACGAACCCAAAAAUCACAAAUUCGUCCACACCUGAAGCCACAGCCUCCAUCUUCAUUAUAAACCCUCCGGGACAAUCUACAGAGAUUUCUGAUGGCAGACGUUGGAAGGACUUCAUAUUUCGCGAAUAUCUGUAAUGUGACAGAAUGAUUUUGGUAAAUAUGAGUUGUCAUCGUCCACAUUUAAGCCCUGAAAUAAAUGGAUGAAAC